AUGGAUGUGAUAAAAACGCAACAAAUCUCGGCGAGACCGAUCGAGAAAGUGAUAGUGCACCCUCUAGUUCUACUCAGCAUCGUCGAUAACUACAACAGAGUAGCUAAGGACACUCGCAAACGUGUCGUUGGGGUCUUGCUUGGCUCCAGUUUUAAGGGCACCGUUGAUGUCACUAACAGCUAUGCAGUGCCAUUUGAAGAAGAUGACAAAGAUCCAAGCAUCUGGUUUCUUGACCACAAUUAUCAUGAAUCAAUGUUUUCCAUGUUCAAAAGAAUAAAUGCCAAGGAGCAUGUUGUGGGGUGGUACAGCACAGGGCCAAAACUGAGGGAAAAUGACCUGGAGAUUCACGGAUUAUUUAACGAUUAUGUUCCAAAUCCUGUCUUGGUCAUAAUUGAUGUCCAACCGGAAGAGUUGGGAAUACCCACAAAAGCAUACUAUGCUGUUGAAGAGGUAAAAGAGAAUGCUACCCAGAAAAGCCAGAAAGUGUUUGUGCAUGUACCAUCAGAAAUUGCUGCCCAUGAAGUCGAGGAAAUUGGCGUAGAACACUUAUUGAGGGAUGUGAAGGACACAACAAUUAGUACUCUUGCAACAGAGGUUACUGGGAAACUCACAGCUCUGAAAGGGUUGGAUGCUCGGCUAAAAGAGAUACGUGGUUAUCUUGACCUUGUCAUUGAAGGAAAGCUCCCAUUAAACCAUGAGAUUCUGUACCAUCUACAGGAUGUGUUCAACCUACUUCCGAACCUUAACGUGGCAGAUUUGGUCAAGGCUUUUGCAGUGAAAACAAAUGAUAUGAUGUUGGUUAUCUACCUUUCGUCCCUCAUCCGAAGUGUAAUCGCUCUCCACAACUUGAUCAACAACAAGAUGCUCAACAAAGAACAUGAGAAGGCAGAAGACUCGAAGCCUGUUGCUGUACCUCCUGCUGCUGGAAGCUAG